GUCCAUUUUUCUUGUACAGGUAUCUCGCACUUUAUUAAAACUCUCCCUCUGUCUCUCUCAAAUUCCAUAGAUUUCUAGGUUUUGAUUUUGGGUCGGAAGAGAAACCUCAGAAACCCUAAUUUCAAGAGAUUUAGGGCUUCGAAAUCCAUGGCGUCUCGAAGGCGGAUGCUUCUCAAGGUCAUAAUCCUCGGGGACUCUGGGGUCGGUAAGACAUCUCUGAUGAAUCAAUAUGUGAAUCGGAAGUUCAGUAAUCAGUACAAGGCAACGAUUGGAGCGGAUUUCUUGACGAAAGAAGUCCAGUUUGAAGAUAGGCUGUUUACAAUGCAGAUAUGGGAUACAGCUGGUCAGGAGAGGUUUCAAAGUCUUGGUGUGGCUUUCUAUCGUGGUGCGGACUGCUGUGUUCUUGUUUAUGAUGUCAACGUCAUGAAGUCAUUUGACAACCUCAACAAUUGGCGGGAAGAGUUUUUGAUUCAGGCAAGCCCAUCUGAUCCUGAAAAUUUCCCAUUUGUCGUACUGGGAAACAAGAUAGAUGUGGAUGGUGGCAACAGCCGAGUGGUGUCUGAGAAGAAGGCGAAGGCAUGGUGUGCCUCCAAGGGGAACAUUCCCUACUUUGAGACUUCUGCAAAAGAAGGUUUCAAUGUUGAAGCUGCUUUCGAAUGUAUAGCUAAGAACGCUCUCAAGAACGAACCUGAAGAAGAAAUAUACCUCCCGGAUACUAUUGAUGUGGCGGGCGGAGGACGACAACAGAGAUCGUCAGGCUGUGAAUGUUAGGUUGGUGUUUUGAUUGGGAUGGAAAAUGGCGACUGCAGUUCCCUCCAUUUGUUACGCUUACGCGGUAAUAAUUCAGUGAAGGCUUUUAUAGAUCUAUGUAUAAUAUGCGCCCCAAAAAAAAAAAAAAACUGAUGAUUGUGAUAUGUGAUAGUUUGCAUCUCUUGGAUCCUCU